CCUUAAUAAUAUUGUCCCAUAUGAUACCUAUUCCUUACUUAUAUUUUUUUGCAUUCUCAGCAUUGUCCAGCAGCUUCCAGUCGGGAGCAAGAGUGGUGCAACAAACCAUCAGAUGUUCAAGCCCAGGACAACCAGCAGGGAGAGAAUAUUUAUACAGAUCUGUCAAAAAUGCAAGGAAGGCCAUUUUCUCCAUGGGAACACUCAGGCCAUCAUAUGUCACAGACCCCUGCCAUACAACAAGAGUCUUCUGAGUGGUCAAUAUCUAACCAGACCCCAUAUAGCUUUCAGGAUACAAGACAAAGCCAACAGGUUCUACCUCAUGCACCUACAACACAACAAUGGCAAACAGGGUGGAACAUGCCCAAUACGUAUACAUGGCCAUCUCAGGAUACAAGACAAGGCCAGGAUGUUCUUUCUCAUACAAAUGCACCCACUGCACAACAGGGACCUUCAAGGCGGUUCAUCAAUAAUCAGUGCACACCUGUAGACAGAACAGUGUUAGAGGCACUGAGAGAGAUGGACCUGAAGAUUACUUACCUCACAUCACUUGUUGAGUCUUUUGUGGGUGGCCGCCGAAUUUUGCCCCCACAACAGGUCCAAGAUGAGGAGGAAAUGAAUAUUUUCCCCCUAAAUUCAAUGGAGACCCUAGAAGAUUUAGAGAAGAGGCUGUUGAACAAUGGACUGAAGCAGAGGAUGACCAACACGCUCUCACUAAGUGGAGGCCACACAAUGAAAAAGACAAUAUGGCGGAUUGCCAGCAAGGUCUUCACCCCCAACCUGGCAAAAAGCCUUAACUGGUGUGGCAGGGGAGACAAGCGAGGUUUAAAGCAGACAGCCUGUGGACAGCUUAUUAUUGCUGCCGCAGUGAAGAACCCAGCGCUACCAGCUCCCACGGAAGCAGAGGCUGAAAAAUGCCUAAAGGAUUACCUCCGCCUGGCAUCAGCAGGACGCUAAACUUUUAUUUAUGUUAAUUCCACAUGUUUGUUCCAUUCUUUAUUCUAUUGUUGAUUUUCUGUUAAAUAAACAUGUUAAAGGAAAAUUCCCUUUCACUUAAUUUUGUUUUGGGGUAAUAAUAUUAAUAAUAAUAUAAAUUAAUCACAUAAAAUUAUAUAGCAUAAUUUCUAUACAUCAUUUUUCCAGUGUAGAUUUCUGUUUGAGUCUGUAGGCUUCUUAAUGGCUCAU